AUGAAUGGCAAGAUCCUCCAUUUGGUGGGCUCACAAACUAGCGACUACUACUAUGGCGUGUCACGAGUCAUGUAUGCUCCUGGAUGUAUCGCGGCCCUGCCCGAGCUCGACCAUCUUGUGCUCUUGGCCCGGCUCGAUGGCACUUGGUCUCUCUGUACCUCCUUGGACAAGGCGGACCAUGCGGAACGGCUCAGCUUACCAGAGGCCCUGGGCCAGUUGGGUCGCGAGAAGAUCGCCUGUGUGCAGCCCCAUAUGUUCGACUACAAGGGCAUGGUGUCGACUCGGAGCAUCGCGGAAUUGUUGGACAUUCCCAUGGUUGGCUCUCCCGGAGAGGUCAUGGCCUUGACCACGAACAAGUGGCAGUCCCGCGCUGUGGUGGCGAGCCACGGAGUGUCGGUGCCCAAGGCGCAACUUUUGAGACCUGGCGACAAGGUUGAGAUGAGGGUGCCGUUGAUCAUCAAGCCAUGCCGCGAGGACAACUCAAUGGGCAUCACACUCGUCCAAACGGAGUCCGACAUCGAAUCGGCGCUCAUUGAAGGAUUUAAGUAUGAUGACCAGCUCCUCUGCGAGCAAUUCAUCCCCCUGGGCCGAGAGUUGAGGAUCGGCGUGGUGGACGGAGAGGAUGAUGAGCUGGAGUUCCUGCCUGUUAUAGAGUACUUCCUGGGUCACAAGAAGCAGCCCAUCCGCACGUCCGCUGACAAGAUCUCCAGCCCAGACGGCACCGCCAAUGGCAUGGACUUCGUCGGUGGGGAUCGCCAAUGCCCUGCAGACAUCGAUGAAGUGCUGCGGAGGAAGCUGGUGGACAUGGCGCGACGAAGCCAUGAAGCUCUAGGUUGUCGCCACUAUUCCCUCUACGACGUGCGCGUCGAUCCUGAAGGGAAUCCCUUCUUCAUUGAAGCAUCGCCUUAUUGCUCCUUCUCUCCCAAGAGUGUCAUCGUCACCAUGUCCAGGGGUGACCCGAAGUACAACGAUACCGACAUCUUCUACCGCUUAGCAAGGAAAGCGAUCCGUGAACAUCAGCCCAUUGGUUCAUCCAAUCAAGCCAUGGGCAUGAGAAGUCGUGGUGUGCUGAAGGUCGUACGGGCCUGA